CUAAAGGAAGCAGAUGUCACCCUUAUAGUGAUUGGACAGGCAUCCUACCAUCAUAUUGAGCCUUUCUGCAAACUGACUGGAUAUUCUCAUGAAAUCUGUGUUGAUCCUGAGAGAGAAAUAUAUAAGAGAUUGGGAAUGAAAAGAGGGGAAGAAAUUGCCUCCUCAGGACAGAGCCCUCACAUAAAGUCAAAUCUGCUCUGGGGAAGUCUUUGGAGCCUAUGGCGAGCAGUGAAUAGCCCUCUUUUUGAUUUCCAAGGAGACCCUACUCAUCAAGGUGGAUCUCUCAUUUUAGGUCCAGGUAACAACAUCCAUUUUAUACAUCGUGAUAAGAAUAGGUUGGAUCACAAACCUAUAAACUCUGUUUUACAGCUUGUAGGGGUUCAGCAGGUGAACUUCACAAGCAGACCUUCAGUCAUCAACGUGUAAUUCAUAUGGAAAUCUGCAGCUUACAAAUGGGCACUUAAAAUGUGAUCUUAACAUCCUCAUGCAGUGUCUACCAUGCUGGUUCUCUAGCCAUUGAAU